AAUAUAGUAUUUAGAUAUAUCACAUAUAUAAAGUGAAUUUCAAAUACAUAUUUAUUAUCUUAUUUGAGAAUUCCAAAUACAUAUACUAGUAUUAGAAAUUCUUCGUAGCGUUAUUCAAAAUUUAUUUGUAAACUUUUAAAAGACAAAAACUAUGGAAAAGUGAUGGAGACUUUACUUUGGGUGUGAUUUAGAUGUAGAAAUGUAAGUUAGAACAUUUCAUUUUAGGCGAUUCUAAUAAUUUUAUUUGGUAAAAAUCGAACCACCAUCAUUUUUUUAGGAUUUCUCGGUUAACCGAGGCAUUGGCGUCGGUCGGUGUUCGGUAGGGGGAGAUGGUGGUUCGGUUAACCGAUAACCGACCAAUCAGUUAUUGGUUAUAACCGAACCAAAUCCAACCCUACCACCAAUCGGCUAAUCCUCUUGAAAACACCCUCACUAAAUAGCAAUACCUUAAACACUGAUCUGUCCUCUUUCUCACAAUAAAAAUAGGGAUGGUAAUUUCGACCUGACCCGUUUUACCCGACCUGUUUGACCUGUUUUGGGGCGGGGCGUGCAUGGGUACCUCUUGUCGACCCGACCUGCCUUGACCCGCCCCAUUCUCGCCUAAAUUACAAGUAAUCUUAGUCAAAUUACUUAAAUUUUACUCGUAUUACCUCAUAUUUUAGCCAUAAUAAUGUUAUAAAUAAGUGAAAACCUAAAUUUCUCCAAUACUUUAAUUACAUUUUAUCAUAUUAUGGCUUAUUUCUUGGUCUUUUAAUAAAAAUAAUGAAUAUUUGUUAAGUUUUUUAACAUAAAUUACAUAACCAUUGGGUUGACCUGCCCCUAGCCGCGCCCCAUAAUAAAUUACCCGACCUGCCACAGGGCGGGCAUAGAUAUCGAAAUACCCGGCCCGGACCUACCCAUUGCCAUUCCUAAAUAAAAACCCAGGGGUCGUUUGGAUGGAGUAUUUGUAUGAGUUAUUUGAGUUCAAAUAACUCACAUUGAGUUAUUUGGGCACAAAUAACUCGUUUGGUAACGUUUUACUAAAAUGAGUUAUUUGGACAGUGAGUUAUUUACAAAUAACUCAAAACGAGUUAUUUGAGUUAUUUACUCAUGUGUUAUUUGAAAUAACUUAUACUCAUGUGUUAUUUCGAAAUAACUCGUUUUAUCACUCUGCUUUUUUUACCAAAUACCACAUGUCGAAUACCAAAUUUGCAUGAUUCAACCAAACGAGAUACUUUAUUUCAAUUACCAUUGAAAUAACACUAAAAUAUCACAUGGAUAAUAAAUAAGUUAUUUAACUCUAUAAAUACCACAUUGAUAAUUAACCAUCCAAAACCAUGCCCAGAGUCUUGUCCUUACCAUCAUCAACACCGUAAUCCCGAGUCCAUUCCCAAAACGCCCAUAAAAAACCGUAUUUUUUUGGUUCGUUGAUUCGUUCCCACUUUUCCCGGCUUUCCCUUCCCUUUCCUCCCGCUCCCAACAUUUCACUCUCAGUCGCAGAUUCCCUUCUCCCUCCCUUAUCUCCUCCCUCCGCCACCGUCCCCACACACAAAAAAUCUCCUCCUUCCGCCAUUUCCCCUCGGGCCAGCAAUCCAGCUCCGUGACUACACUCCUCAAUUCUCCCAAUCGGGAAUUUCCUGAAUUCCAAUGGAAGCCGCCGUUGCAUCAGCUCCCUUCAGCAACACCUACUACUACAUUCCUCCACUCUCCUUCCUCUCUAGGGUUUCCAUUUCCCUCCACCCUGCCUCCCGCCGCCAACAACAACAACGACACCAGUUUUUCCGCCGCUGCUCCUCCUCCAUCCCGUUCUCUCGUGGCCGCAGCUGCUGCUUCGCGUCCAGCCCCGAGGCAUUGGUCGCCGCCGCCGUCAAUUCAGCUCUCGGACGUGGAGUUGCGAACAAGAGAGGUGGAGGAGACGGUGAGGAGAAGGACGAGUGUGGCGAUUUGAAGUCGUGGAUGCAUCAGAACGGUCUCCCUCCUUGCAAAGUCGUUCUUAGAGAUAGGCCGUCCCUCGACGAGAAGCUUUGCUCCAUUCAUUAUGUCGCCGCUAGCGAAGAUCUUCAGGCUGGGGAUGUGGCGUUUUCCGUCCCGAAUUCUCUCGUUGUGACGCUCGAUAGGGUAUUAGGAAAUGAGACAGUAGCGGAAUUGUUGACGACGAACAAGUUAUCGGAGUUGGCAUGCUUGGCAUUGUAUUUGAUGUACGAGAAGAAGCAGGGGAAGAAGUCGUUCUGGUAUCCGUACAUACGAGAGCUUGAUCGUCAGCGAGGUAGAGGUCAACUUGCUGUUGAAUCUCCAUUGCUGUGGUCGGAGGCUGAGUUGGCUUACCUGACUGGCAGCCCUACUCAGGCUGAAAUCAUCGAGAGGGCAGACGGAAUCAAAAGAGAAUAUGACGAGCUUGAUACAGUAUGGUUUAUGGCUGGUUCUUUGUUUCAGCAAUACCCCUUUGAUAUACCAACAGAAGCAUUUUCCUUCGAGAUUUUCAAACAAGCUUUCGUUGCUGUUCAGUCAUGUGUGGUGCAUUUGCAGAAAGUCAGCUUGGCUCGUAGAUUUGCUUUGGUUCCUCUGGGGCCUCCCUUGCUAUCAUACAGAAGCAGUUGUAAGGCAAUGCUAAGUGCUGUAGAAGGUGCUGUUGAACUGGUAGUUGAUCGCCCAUACAAGGCCGGGGAACCCAUUGCUGUCUGGUGUGGACCGCAACCCAAUUCAAGAUUGCUUAUAAACUAUGGUUUUGUUGACGAGGAUAAUCCUUAUGAUCGCCUCAUGAUCAAGGCUGCAUUAAACACUGAGGACCCUCAAUAUCAGGAGAAAAGAUUGGUUGCUCAAAGAAAUGGCAAACUCUCCAUGCAAGAUUUUCUGGUUCAAGUGGGGAAGGAAAAGGAAGCUGUCUCAGAUAUGCUUCCUUAUCUACGAUUAGGCUACGUAUCAGAUACUUCUGAACUGGAAUCCGUCAUGUCCUCGCAGGGUCCAGUUUGUCCAGUUAGCCCCUGCUUGGAGCGGGCAGUAUUGGAUCAGCUUGCUGAGUAUUUCAACAAGCGCUUGGCUUUGUACCCAACUAGCUUAAGCGAAGACGAAUUGAUGUUGUCGGAUGAUAAGUUGAACCCAAAGAAGAGAGUUGCCACUCAGCUUGUGCGGUUGGAAAAGAAAAUACUUCACGCGUGUCUGGAGGCAACUCGUGAUCUGAUAGCACAGCUACCUGAUCUCACAAUCUCACCAUGUCCAGCUCCUUAUGCUCCUUCGUUGAAAUGAGAAAGGUAUAUUGACUAAGGCUUCCUAGACUCAGAAACUAUCGUUCCUAGUAUUUGAAUAAGCUUUUCUUAAGACCCUACAUUUCUAGAUUUGUAGGUUGCAGAAUAUCAUUCAUUGGCUCAGGAAUCUUAAAGAAGUUUUUCGCCAGAAGGGUAAUAUGGUCAUCAGUAUACAAAGCAGGACGAAGGCUGUUGUAUUGAAAUGUGACAAACCAGACAUCUUUACUGCCAUUUGUUUUGGUUUGCAAUUUUGAACUAUGCUGAAGACUCUAUUAUUGUGUUUGCAGGGUAAAGAAUUCUGAACAUAAUUCAGGUAGGCAAAUCAUUCGACUGGCAUCUGGCAUUUGGCAUUCGACUGGUGAAAAAGGGCCGGGGCAUCAGUGGUGGUUCAUGGGCAUAGCUUCAAGUCUUCUGGUUGCUGCCUUUUUCAUUUUGAUUUUGUUUUCCCAUUUCGAGUCCAACUGUGCAGCAGUUAGAUGAAAAAAAUUCUCCUCCCUCUUCUUCUGUAUAGCAACUCAGCAGUACAAGCAAAUGACAGGCCAAGGCCGAUCAAUCGUGUACAUUACUACUGGUAAGGACUAGCCAACUUUCCCUUUGUAGCACUUGUACUUGUAAUAGUGCCUCCCAUUUUAACAGUCUUUUGCCAGGUAGCUCUCUCUAGUCUCGAGUUAGUAACAUGUACAUGAACAUGAUGCGUGUUUAUUUGGGCUGUCAUUGUCUAACACAAGCAGCUGUUUGUGAAUUUUUGGACUGAAUGCCCAAUAACUCUCUUUCUUUAUGGCCCAACUGGCUCAAAAGCCCAAAUGAGGUGGAUCUAGUACCUUCUUUGUGCACCAAGCCACCAACUUAAUCCACAUCAUAAGACUACUGAUUUGGAAUAUUUGAACUGGAUAUUCUAAUGUUCAUGCUGAAAUGUGUUGUUGGAAAAGGAUCCUUUUUUGCAGUGACCGUUGGCUUUGGUUGUCACCUUUUUAAUUGUUUACAUUUGUUUGUAUACCACAUGCUGCAUUAUUAUAUUCAUCCACAAAAUCGACUGAGCAGAAAACAUGCCCAGCCCACCAACAGCAGAAAACGACGAGCCUGAAACCGUAAAUAAACAGUAAACCCACGUACUCCUCCUAUAGCAGAAUAAAUGAACCCGUUACCACUUGCCUUUACCAUUCUUUAUUUAUUUGCCAUUUGUGCACCACCUUCUAAUUGUUCUCAUCAAAAGCACCGAACUACUUUGAUGGAGAACAUUAAUCAUAAUCCUAAUUGUGUCAUAAUUGCCAUCAGUCGUUUUCAUUAUCUUAUGUUUGUUGUAUAGAGCAGUCCUUAGAGAUUUAGAUUCCUAGGCGCCUUCUAGCUAAACAACAAAAAGCUUAAUAGUAC